GAGAGAGUGUGUGUGUGUGUAACUAAGCAUGGAUCCGAGACUAGAGGAAGCAGCUUAUGCGGGAGACCUCACUUUGUUGCGGCGUUUGCUACAAGAAGACCGGCUCCUGCUCCACAGGCAAGCCAUCGCCGCGGCUCACCUGUCGGACAGCCCCCUCCACAUCGCUGCAUCGCUCGGCCACUCCGACCUGGUCCGGGAGAUCCUCACCGUAAACCCGGAGCUCGCGCAUGGCCGCAACCGCGAAGGCCUUUCCGCCUUGCACCUGGCCGCUGCCCAAGGCCACUUAUCCGUGGUGAACGAGCUGCUGCAGUACGCAGCCGCUGCCAAUAUCUGCUUGGCGACCGACAACGAUGGCUUCAUGCCGGCCUACACUGCAGCCUUACGAGGCAGGCUUGAUGUAUUGACUGUGUUACUGGAUUCGUGCCCGGAGUCCGCGCGAGCUGUGACAUCGCAAGGUGACUCCAUCUUUCAUCUUACUGUGAAAUCAAACAGCUUCGAGACCGUGCAGUUCUUGCUGAACAGAACGGAUGAGAACGAUGAGCUACUCAACUCUGGAGAUGCGAAAGGCAACACCGUCCUGCACCUUGCUGUGGCCAGAAAACAGCUCCAGAUUGUGAAGUUGCUUCUGGGAUGGCGAGGUAUCAAUGCCAACGCCACCAACAUGAGAGGCGACACCGUCCUUGAUAUGCUGCUGGAUUCACCCUGCCAACAAGGAGAUCUAUUGUUGGGAGAACUGAUUCGAGCAGCAGGUGGAAGAACCGCCGCAGAAGAAGAAGGGAAGCCUCAACCGAAAUCGUCACCGAGUGAUGCCAGAGCCUCUGCCACUGUCGCCUUACACAGAAGCCGACUAAAUUGGUCUGAACCUAAAGAAAAGUACAACAACAAACCAGCAACACUAAUGGUGGUGGCGACGUUGAUCGCCACCAUCACAUUCGAAGCUGGGUUGAACCCCCCAGGUGGGUUUAACCAGAAAGAUGAUGUUGGUUCCCCCUACACUUCUAGUCUCAAGUUAUUCCUGCUGUUCGACAUGUUCGGAAGUCUCGUAAGCACGGCUGUUGAAGUCUGCAAAAACAUCCAAUUUUUCUCCGAACAAUUGCGCACGCUGUUGCUAUCCCACUCGCCGUUCGGCUUUCGUCUCCCUCGCUGCGUUUACACCGCAUCGAUUCCUUGGGAUAAGAUGUUUAAACGGGACUGCAGUGGCCACUGUGAGCUCGAUGACCCAGUCGUCUCUUUGGCGUCUGGUGAGGACAGGCUCAACAAGAAGGAGGAACUGCUCCAAUCACAAGCCUCAAAUGGACGGCAGAGCCACUGUGAGCUCGAUGACCAAGUCGUCUCUUUGGCGUCUGGUGAGGACAGGCUGUACAAGAAGGAGGAACUGCUCCAAUCACAAGCCUCCAUUAUCUGCAAGCUUGUUUUCAUUCAUCCAUCCCUCCUUCCUGAUCUAAGCAUGGAUCCGAGACUAGAGGAAGCAGCUUAUGCGGGAGACCUCACUUUGUUGCGGCGUUUGCUACAAGAAGACCGGCUCCUGCUCCACAGGCAAGCCAUCGCCGCGGCUCACCUGUCGGACAGCCCCCUCCACAUCGCUGCAUCGCUCGGCCACUCCGACCUGGUCCGGGAGAUCCUCGCCGUAAACCCGGAGCUCGCGCAUGGCCGCAACAGCGAAGGCCUUUCCGCCUUGCACCUGGCCGCUGCCCAAGGCCACUUAUCCGUGGUGAACGAGCUGCUGCAGUACGCAGCCGCUGCCAAUCUCUGCUUGGCGACCGACAACGAUGGCUUCAUGCCCGCCCACACUGCAGCCUUACGAGGCAGGCUUGAUGUAUUGACAGUGUUACUGGAUGCGUGCCCGGAGUCCGCGCGAGCUGUGACAUCGCAAGGUGACUCCAUCCUUCAUCUUACUGUGAAAUCAAACAGCUUCGAGACCGUGCAGUUCUUGCUGAACAGAGCAGGUGAAAACGAUGAGCUGCUCAACUCCGGAGAUGCGAAAGGCAACACCGUCCUGCACCUUGCUGUGGCCAGAAAACAGCUCCAGACCGUGAAGUUGCUUCUGGGACGGCGAGGUAUCGAAGUUAACGCCACAAACAUGAGAGGCGACACCGUCCUUGAUAUGCUACUGGAUUCACCCUGCCAGCAUGGAGAUCUGUUGUUGGGAGAACUGAUUCGAGCAGCAGGUGGAAGAACCACCGCAGAAGAAGGGAAGACUCGGCCGAAAUCGUCACCGGGUGAUGCCAGAGCCUCUGCCACUGUCGAGUCACACAGAAGCCGACCAAAUCGUUCUGAACCUAAAGAAAAGUACAACAACAAACCAGAAACACUAAUGGUGGUGGCGACGUUGAUCGCCACCGUCACAUUCGCAGCUGGGCUGAACCCCCCAGGUGGGUUUAAGCAGAAAGAUGAUGGUGGGCCGACUCCCCCCAUUGCAGAAGUCAAUUUUGAUGAGAGUUCAAGUGAAGGGGAGGCAGUUCUAAGAGAUGAUCUCGAGUUAUUCCUACUGUUCGACAUGUUCGGGUUGUUUGCAUCCUUGAGCAUCAUCCUCUUGUUGAUAUGUUGUGUGCCCAGACAGACUAAAAUGGUGACGGGAAUCCUAAAGUGGAUUCUAUGGCUGGCGGUGUUCUCGACGGCAUUAGCAUUCUCGACCGCCAUUGUGCGAGUAUUUUCCUAUCAGCUCUACACUGUCAUCCUUCUCAUGAGUUGGUUCGGAAUUCUCAGUCUCUUCAUGAUUUGGGUGUGCUUUAGAGCGAUCAGAUACUUGUUGCGCAAAGGUGGAUGCUGGAAGAAGAAUGAUGGAGAAGGAGAAAGUCAGGGGGGGCCCACAAGGGCCGUUGCCAUCCGCACGAAGAUUGUGGUGGGCGCGUUGAUGAUAAUUAUUUUUGGAGUGGCUCUUAUUGUAAAUUAUUUAGUGUUUGUUUAUAUAUUAAAUAUGUCAAAUAAUAGAAUAAUAUGAUCUAUCAUUAUUCUUAUA